AUGGAAAUUAACCCGGAAAAAGAAGAGUAUGAGCUGCAGUACUUUAACUUUUCAUCAGAAGAAUUAGUUACGCAAAACAUACAAAUGGUACAAUCACUGCUAAACAAAUCACUCACCGUCUUCACGGAACAGCUGAUCCAGAAGCAGGAGAUCCCCGAUGAUCCUGCCACACGGUUGCGCGCCAGCUGUAACAAAACCGCCAUUGCCAUCUACAACGAUUGUUUACCGGCAAUGAACAACAUAAACACUCUGUAUCGGAAAACUUUCUCCAUACCGGACAACGUACUGCUGCCGACGGAUCUGCUACAUACGCGCGGCUACACGGAGGAGCUGGAGAAAAGUCUAGAGCAAGAGGUACAGACGGCCAAAGACGCCGUGAUGCAGGGUGCAGUCUUUCUAGCCUCACUUGAAGCCGAAAUGGAGCUGCACCGUGCGCUGGAACCGUGCUACGAGGCGGAAGAGGAAAUUGUGGAGCUACUAAAAACCUUCCAGGAGGAAGACAUCGAUCCGGAUGAUGUAUCUGAUCUAGUAAAGCGAAUAGAAAUAGCCGGCAUCGUAGUGGAUAAGAGCGCACAAGAGAGCAUCGUAGAGCUUGAUAAUUUUUUAUUACAAAAAUAAUAGACAACAUGCUGCUUGAUUGUGUUUCCCUAGCAA